CCAAUCCUUGACACCCCCCCCCCCCUCAUCCCGACUGCUGGCGUCUCCCACGUGAAGAGCCACGCCCACAUUCAUUACACCACACCCACGCUCGUUACCGACACCGUCACCCACACCCCUCCUUUGGCUCGCCUUCACCUGACUUGGUACUUCCACCCAGGUACAGUACAUAAGCCGCCACACCACUCUUCACAUUUCUCUUUCCCCUCUCCAUCUCCAUCCACCGCCAGCACUCUGCCCACCGCCAGCGACGUCCACGUGAGCCCCUCUCAAAACGUCUGUGCGCUUCCCUGCUCGGUGCCUGCCAUCUCCCAGCCCCUCUCGCGUGACUUUUGCGCGUUGCCAUCGUUCUUCCUGACCUUUCGACCGCCUCUUGCCCAUGCUCUAGGGCUAUAACGACACCAACGACCAUACACCUGCUCCUAUAGUACUACCCCGGACGCCUCUACGCGAGUACCCACGCUCCUACCUUUCCACCCCUUACCCUUGCUCCAUCCCACACCUCCUCUACCACACACUCCGCCAUGCGUGCUGCCUCCUCCCUCACCAUCCUUGCCUCAUGCCUCAGUGCCGCUUCCUGCGUAUCUGCUGCCACUGCCGACCAAUGGAAGGGCAAGUCAAUAUACCAACUGAUCACCGACCGGUUCGCUCCUGUCUCGGAUACGGCACCCGCUCGCUCCUCCCCCAUCCCUGACACCUGCAACCCCAUUGACCAGACCUGGUGCGGAGGAACUUGGCUUUCUAUCAUUGACAAGCUUGACUACAUUUCCGGCAUGGGCUUUGACGCCAUCUGGAUCUCCCCUGUCUCCCAAAACACCGACGUAAAAACUGCCUACAAUUACGCCUACCACGGCUACUGGGUCAAUGACCCCCUCACCCUCAACGCCCGCUUCGGUACAUCAGACGACUUGAAGUCGCUGGUGAAAGCCCUUCACGACAGGGGAAUGUACAUCAUGGUCGAUAUCGCCGUCAACAACAUCCCUGGUACUUCCUACAACGACUCGCUCAGCUCUACUGCGCUGAAAGCCGACGGUUCUCGCUGGACUGAUCCCGCCCAGUUCCACACCCGGUGCGACAUCGACUACAACAAUGCCACGUCUGUCGAGUAUUGCUGGCUGGGUGACGAGAAGUUGCCUUUGAUGGAUGUCAACACCGAGAAUGCAGAGGUCAUUUCGACUUUGCAGACUUGGAUUGCCAACUUCACCGCCGAGUACGAGAUUGAUGGUCUGAGAAUUGAUGCGGCCAAGCAUGUUCCCGGGUCGUUCUGGACUGGAUUCUGUGGAGCCGCUGGUGUUUUCUGCAUUGGCGAGGUGUACGGUGAUGACGUUGACUUUGCCGCCUCUUUCCAAUCCGAAAACUAUCUCGACUCUGUCCUCAACUUCCCUCUCUACUACGGCAUCGUCAACUCUUUCGGCUCGCCUAAAGCCAACAUGACCUCUUUCGUUGAGCACGCCACCGAUAUCAUCGGUACCUUCCCCAACCCCGAUCUGUUGGGCAACUUUAUCGAGAACCAUGAUCUGCCGAGGUUCAGAAACACGACGGCGGAUUCGCAGUUGGCGUAUAAUGCGAUGGCGGCGCAAUUCAUCUUUGAUGGCUUACCUACCGUCUACUAUGGUCAAGAACAAGACCUCGCUUCUGGUUCAGCUGACCCUUACAACCGUGAAGCCCUCUGGCCCACCGAGUACGCCAACACCACCACCUACAACCAUAUCGCCCGUCUGAACGCCAUCCGCCACGCCGUCAUCAACAACGGUACCACUUUCAACGACAAGACUUUCCUCGAGUCAACGACCAAGAUCGUGGCUAGUACGGGAUAUGAUGUUGCUUUCAGGAAGGGACCGUUACUUGCUGUUUUGACCAACCGAGGAAGUCCUAAUGAGAAUGCCAACUUUGGUGUGCCGACUGGCUGGCCCUCCCAAUCUUCCGUUGUCGACCUCCUGUCUUGCAAGCAAUACACCGUCGGCUCUGGUGGUGCCAUCACCAUUUCCUACUCUGCUUCCGGCUACGGUGGCAUGCCAUACGUCUUUACCGCGCAGGACGAUACCCCGGCUCUGCAGCUUUGUGGCGACGCGGGCGUUGCCAAAUAUGUCAGCAGCAACACUACGGCUGUGACGAGUGCUGGAGAGAAGGUGGUUGGCGUAUCGAUGGGCUUGGGCAUGGGAGUGAGUGCGCUGGUAGCGGGGAUGGUUGGAGCUGGGCUUUUGACGCUGUGAUCAAGCCUCGUCUCUUCUUUGACCCAUAUACCAUUCCGCAUCAUGCCUCCCUCCUCCCUUCGCUGCAUCAUCCAUACCCCUUCAUCAAUCAUUCAACAUUCCUACUAUCGGCAUACCGAUUCUUCAUCCGCACACGCCCCCCAAACCACGGCAAUCUUUUGACCUCACUGUCUUUCCCGCAUUUCACAUGGCUUAUAAUUUCAAAACAGACACCGCUUUUUCAGUAACUUCAUGCUGUAUAUUGCGCUCAUCUGCGCUAUCAAGUGAUACUUUUUACUUUGGUUUAUAAUCACUCUUUUCAUCACAGUAUACUCCAAUCUUCAUUCUUCGCUCAACCUUCCAUUUAUCGUGUGGUUUUCAAUACGGACUUUUAUUCUAUACCGUAGGAGUAUGUGUUGUAUCUGUAGAAUUUGGGAGGAUGAGGCUUUGACGAGCCGGUGCUCGGGAGGGGGUUAUGGUAGCUAGGAUAGAAUGGCCAUUUUAUGCUAUGCAACCCAAAUGAGCAACCACAUUUAUGCGAGUCUCUUCUUUUGCACUACUACGACAUAGUCAUUCAACAUGUGCCUCGCGGACAUAUAAAAUGAACCACCGGCUUGAGAAUGCAAAAGCUUUGUUGGCA